CAUGGGCUAAAUCGGUCGCCAGUGCUACUCAACUUCACAUUAACAAAAGAAAUUCCCCGUUAUUCUCCUCUGAUUCUCCUCGAAAUUUCCGAACGUAAAUAGAUACAAAAAAGUUGAUUCAUUGUACUCCAAGCUCCAGGCAUAAUCAGUCAUUAUCUGUUUUCUCGAAAGACAGGCCUUUCUGCAUAACAAUAUUGAGAGAUAUACUGAAAAUGUCUAACUUUAGAAAUAUUAUAUUCCUAAUAUUCUAUGGAAUGUGUUGUACAGUGGCACUUUCUAAAACAACCUUAACAGCUCCAACAUUCAGUAAAACAUAUACAGUGAAAGGAACAUUGUAUAUUCCAUAUGCAGAAAUUCGAGAACCUUUCUAUGCUUGGUAUGAUGGCAACAGUGGAUCUAGUAGGAUUGAUUAUUAUGGAGGAAUGGUUAAAACUUUUCAAUUGGCUCACAAAGGACAAUAUGGAGCGAGUAUAAAAAUAGCACCUAUUACAACAGAAACUGUUAGUAAUGAAGAAACAUGUCUUCAAGUGAAUGGUACUAGUGAUUUUAAAAUACAACCACAAUCUAUUCUUCCAGAUACACCUGAAAUGGAGUGUAUUGGAGAAGAAAUGAUUAAUGGAUUACUGUGCGAGAAAUGGCGACUUGUACAAGAAAUUGGGGACAAAACAAAUAAGUAUACUCUUUGGAUACGUUAUAAGAAAUCACCGUAUCUACCAAAAGUGAAGGAACCUAUUCCUAUGAGAUAUGAAAUGAAAGGAUUUAAUAGUCUUUUAGGUUCACAUUAUGAUCAUUAUUACUUGGAGUAUGAUUGGUAUUCCUCUGACAAACCUUCUGAUGAUGUCUUUAAUAUUAAAGAAGAUGAUAAGUGCGUCAGCUUCCCAGGUCCAGGUGAAAAUCAUAUAUAUACCUUUAACCCAAUGCGUGAAUUCAUACAUAAUUAUGAGGAUCAUUUGCAUGAAGCAUUUGAUAAAUUUAAAAAAAUUUACAAUAAAAAUUACAGAGAUGACUUGGAUCAUAUGUAUCGUAAAGAUUUAUUUAGACAAAAUAUCAGGUUUAUUCAUUCUAUAAAUCGUGCCAAUUUGGGUUAUCAGUUAGAGAUAAAUCAUUUGGUAGAUCAUAGCGAUCUCGAAUUAAAGGCUUUACGAGGCAAGCAAUACACCCCAGGUUAUAAUGGUGGAGCAUCAUUCUCGCAUGAUAUCGAAAAGGAAAUUACAGAUAUUCCCGAUAGUAUAGAUUGGAGGCUGUAUGGCGCUGUAACGCCAAUCAAAGUGUUAUAAUAUUGUAUAAUAUAAUAUGUAAUAAUAUAUAUAAUAUUUAUAUCGUAGAUCAAUAAUAUUGUAGUAUUAAUAUUGCAGGCUCUCAUCGAUUGUUCAUGGGGAUUUGGUAACAACGGAUGCGAUGGUGGAGAAGAUUUUCGUUCAUAUCAGUGGAUAAUGAAACAUGGUGGUUUACCUACUGAAGAGGAUUAUGGUGAUUAUUUAGGACAGGAUGGAUAUUGUCAUAUAAACAAUGUAACACUAACAGCCAAGAUCACAGGUUUUGUUAACGUCACUCCACGUAGCGUAGAAGCUUUGAAAAUCGCUAUUGCUAAACAUGGUCCUAUCUCUGUUGCUAUCGAUGCUUCUCACAAAACAUUUUCUUUUUAUUCUCACGGAGUGUAUUAUGACCCAGCUUGUGGUAACACCGAGAAUAAAUUAGAUCAUGCUGUUUUGGCUGUUGGAUAUGGUACUAUGAAUGGAAAAGGUUAUUGGCUGAUAAAAAAUUCUUGGUCUAAUUACUGGGGUAAUGACGGAUAUAUUCUAAUGGCGCAAAAGGAUGACAAUUGCGGAGUUCUUCUUGCUCCUACAUAUGUUACUAUGUAAUUAUAGUUUUAUCUCUAAGAAUUGGUCAUAUCAUUUAAGCUCUCUGGUAUUUCUAAUUAAUAAAUAUUCAAACACAAUUUAGAAAAUUAAGAA